AUGUCUAUUCCGAGUACGGUUGAGGACUUCUUGAGACCCUUGGAUGUCGAUACGCCAAAGAUACAUGGUCUAGCCAAGGCGUUAACGUGCACUUAUAACAGACUUGCGCUGGAAAGUGAGGAGCAGUUUCUUAGUACGCCUAUUGAGGAGAGCUUGUUGCGUCCGGAAAGUGAGGGCAGUGGACGGUAUCUUGCAAUAGACAUUGGGGGCACCAAUUUGCGAGUGGGUUUCGUAGAGUUCGUAGGGACAGAUGCCAGGCAAGAUACUAACUUCAGAGGCCGUGGAAACCGUCACCGUCACCAGUCCAAUGUCAAUACUGACUCCCGAAUCCGCCGGGUUCUGGAGAAAUCCUGGCCUAUUGGAGAACAAUUGAAACAUAACGAAGCGGAAGAUCUGUUCGCCUGGAUUGGCUGUUGUAUAGCUGAAGUUGUUGAGAAUGCACGGAUAUUGCAAGAGUUGCCAGAGGAGAUAUCACUUGGAGUUACAUUCUCUUUUCCAAUGAUACAACAUACCCUCUCAGAGGCGACGCUUAUGUCAAUGGGCAAAGGGUUCUCAUUAUCUGAAAAUGCCAACCUGGGAAAGCUACUCCUUGCUGGAUAUGAAUCUUGUCGAAAACCAUCACUUCCAACUCUACGUAUCACCGCGAUUGUCAACGACGCUGUUGCCACACUCGUCGCCUUUGCAUACAAUUUCAGGUCAAAACCAAAUCAGAAAGCAGCCAUGGGCCUGAUUGUUGGCACAGGUUGCAAUGCUACUAUACCUCUAGCGCUCAGCAAACUGAAGCCGAGCAAAAGGCCCACUAACGUGACGGCAAUCAACGACUUGGAGAAGAGUGACAUGAAAGUUGCAGUCAAUACAGAGUGGUCGAUAAAUGGCACUGCAGCCCCAUUGCGGGAGCUAGACUUCAUCACAAAAUGGGACAGGCAAUUAGACGAACAAGGAGAAACAGCUGGUUUCAUGCCCUUCGAAUACAUGACCGCCGGACGCUACGUAGGCGAACUAGGCCGCCUCAUAAUCCUCGACUGCUUCACCAACCACCUCCACAUCCCCAUCACCACCCUCCCGCCACAACUCCUCCAACGAGGCGGCCUAACGACCACAUUCCUAGGUAACAUCGGCCCUCACCUCUCACGCUCACAGCCUUCUCUACUACUUCAACUAGAAACAGAACUCCCACCCUCACCAAACCCAGACGCCUGGUCAUGGACGCAAGAAGCAGCAGAAACCGUCCUCAAAAUUAGCAAAGCAAUUCAAAUCCGCGCUGCGGCUAUGACGGCAGCAGCAACAAUCGCCCUCCUAGCAUGCGCAGACGAACUUCAUUUCACACCUCUCCCAACACCACUCUCCUCGCCCUCUUCCUCUCUACCAAAUGACCCCGUACAUGCACCAGCAUCCUCUGAAGACGUCGAGGAGUUAAUGGUCGGUUACACAGGCGGCUGUAUCACCCAUUUCCAAGACUACCUCGCGGACUGUCAGCGGUUUAUCAAUGAGAUUCUAGACGCGGAGUUUGAGGGUAAAAAGGGUGUGCCGCGCGUGACGCUGGUUCCGUGUCAUGAUGGGGGGGUUGUUGGGGCGGGGAUACUGGCGGGUACGGUUUUUGAACUUAAGGCGGGGAUGUAG